UUUGAAAGUCCCAGCGGAGGAGCCGUCACUAACACCGGCUGGUUUGACAGGUGGACCUUCUGGUUGGUUUAACGUGACGGUUAGCUGGUGUUUAACGUCUGAAAGCUAUAAUUCGGUUUAGGCCGUGUAUUAACGGAAAUGGACCGAAACUAGUCGACCACAGACGGUAGAAAGGGUCUCGGUGUUCGCAGGUUGAAGGAGUUUAACUUAAUGCUAGCUCGGCAGCUAACUGGCUAACUGUGUCGCAGUGAAAGCGGGUCGACCUGCUACACGGCAGGUUAAAAAAAAACUUGGUCGAAGAGGCUCGACGGGUUAGCGACAGCCUGCUUGUGGUUUUUGUUGUUCAUCUGUUGCCGGUUGGAAGUGGAAUCAGCGUGAUUUGAGGCGUUUCCUUUCCGGACGCCGUCAGAGAGCCAGCAGCCUAUCCCGGAGGACCAGCCGCUUGAAAUGCCUCCGACUGGGAACUUGUAGCUGAGGACUGGCCGUUAACAGCACCAUGGGUCGGAUGGGCGCCGAGCUUCUUCUGCGUUAGCCGACCAUGUUAAUCACGGUAACUGACGACUCGUAGGGCGGUACAGCAGCGGGAGCAACGACCAGAAAAGACGCACCGAGACGCGGUGCACUCCCCCCUCUCCGUCAGCGCACCAGUCCGGCUAAAGUGGAGCGUUUUACCGUUUGUCGCGCCCAUAUGCCCGCGCCUACGCCCGGCUCACCAUCCUGAAGCCGCAGAGAGACGGAGGGAGGCAGGGAGGCGACGGCAGCUCCGGGGUCCCGCAUCGCUGAAAUGAGAUGAGGCUCAGAAAUGGAACUGUGGCCACUGCGAUUAUUUUCUUCACGUCUUUCCUCAGCCUCUCCUGGUACACGGCAUGGCAGAACGGCAAAGAGAAGCUGAUAGCUUAUCAGCGGGAGUUCCAUGCUUUGAAAGAACGUCUUCGUGUAGCCGAGCACAGGACGCUGCAGCGCUCUUCCGAGCUCAACAACAUUCUCGAGCAGUUCAGACGUGCGAUAGCAGAAACUAACAGCAGCAAAGAUGCCCUCACAAACUUCUCAGAUGAGACACAGAAACUACUGAAGGAACUCGCCAACAGGAAGCCUCUCCAGGUGCCAAACAUCUACCACCAUCUGCCUCACCUCCUCAACAAUGAGGGCAGCCUGCACCCCGCAGUGCAGGUCGGUCUCGGCCGCACAGGAGUUACCAUGGUGAUGGGGAUCCCCACAGUGAAGCGGAAGGUGAAGUCGUAUCUGUCAGAGACGCUGCGUUCGCUGAUAGACAAGCUGUCACCAGAGGAGAAACUUGACUGUGUCAUUAUAGUCUUCGUUGGGGAGACUGACGUAGACUACGUUCACAGUGUGGUUGCUGGCCUGGAAAAAGAGUUUUCUACAGAGCUGAGCUCAGGCUUGCUGGAGGUGAUCUCCCCUCCAGCCACCUACUACCCCGAUCUCACCAACCUCAAAGAGACUUUUGGAGACUCCAGAGAGAGAGUCAAAUGGCGAACAAAGCAGAAUCUGGAUUAUUCCUUCCUUAUGAUGUAUGCUGUGAGCAAAGGGGUUUAUUAUGUCCAGCUGGAGGACGACAUCGUGGCCAAGCCCAACUACUUUGCUACCAUGAAGAACUUCGCCCUGCAGCUGUCUUCAGAGGACUGGAUGAUCCUGGAGUUCUCCCAGCUGGGCUUCAUUGGAAAGAUGUUCCAGGCUCCAGACCUGAACCUCAUCGUUGAGUUCAUUUUUAUGUUCUACAAGGAGAAGCCCAUCGACUGGCUGCUGGACCAUAUUCUCUGGGUUAAAGUCUGCAACCCUGAGAAAGAUGCGAAACACUGCGAGCGGCAGAAAUCCAGCCUCCGUGUGCGGUUUAGACCCUCUCUGUUCCAACAUGUGGGACUCCAUUCUUCUCUAGCUGGAAAGAUACAGAAACUCACAGACAAGGACUUCCUGAAGCCAUUGCUCCACAAGAUGCAUGUUAACCCUCCAGCUGAGGUCUCCACUUCAAUGAAGGUGUAUCAGGGUCACACACUGGAGAAGACGUACCUGGGAGAGGAUUUCUUCUGGGCCAUCACUCCCACUGCAGGAGACUACAUCCUCUUCAAAUUUGACAGGCCUGUUAGCAUAGAGAGGUUCCUGUUUCGCAGCGGUAACCAGGAGCACCCGGGGGACAAGAUCGAGAACACCACAGUGGAAAUACUGCCUGUCUCGGAAAGUGGACUGCAGACCAAAGAGAAGUACAAGCGAUCUGAAGACCGCUUCUACAGGAUCGGUCAGUUUGAGAAGGGCGUGGCAGAAGGAGCUGUAGAUCCUUCCUUAAAUCCUGUUCUGGCACUUCGGCUCUCGGUUCUUAAGGACUCUGCUGUGUGGGCCAUCCUGAGUGAAAUACAUAUAAAGAGGAUAACUGGCUGACUGUUCUGGAGGGGGAACAUGAAUCAUGGCCCCUGGGGGACCAAAAUCUCCUAGACUGCUUACGCAGGGCCUCUGGCACCUAGCAACCAGCAGUGAAGUCAUUAGAGCCCACUAGAGUCUGAGCUUGUCUGAGGAACGCCACCUCUCUGUCCCCACUCUUCCUAAUGUACCUUGUUAUUUUGCUUCUCAUCAGUCGUUUCCUCCUUUUCUUUCUGCAUCUCUCCCUCACUCUUGUGCUCUUCAUUUAUUUGUGAGAAUGUGAAUACUACUGUCUGAAGAACAACAGCAGAGUGCUUGGAGACAUCCCUUCCCAGCUCUGGCUCUCAAAGUGACUGUGUUUGUUCAGCAGCUUUGAAAACAAUCACAAAAAUUCCUGGACGAAUGAGGUCGAAUCUUCACAUCUGGAGAGAACCAGUCACCUGGCCACUGGUGUAGAUGCUGCCAAAUCCUUCUCUGCUACUCAAUGCUGCCACCCUUGGGCACGCUGGGGCAUUGCACUGUCACUAGCGCCUCAGCAGCCCACGAUGAUCAAGAAUGUUGCCAUCGCCAAUGGCCAGUUGCUCUCUGUUCUCAGCAGAGAUGAUGGAGCUCUAGAUCAACACCAGCCCAAACUAAAAUGUUUUCCUCACUCCCAGAGUGUAGUAGGUCACAUUUAAACACUUAUCCUGACACACAGACUCAGGAGGACCUCACUAUUUCAAAAUCCUGCCGGUAGCCAGUUGGUGACCACUUUGACCCUGGGCCAGUAUCAGUGGUGAGUCCAUCAAGAGAAUCAGUACCAUGACACCAUAUCUAUCUCACCUCUUGUCUGACAGGCUGUGUUUGACCUCAGUGUCCAUUUAUAGUAAACCAAUCAGACAUUGCCUUGGCGCCAUUUUCCUGAAGGAAUAUAUUGUUAUAUUGAUAUAUUAUUACAGCUAUGACUGACGAUCUAUGAAGGUGACUUAAUUUAUUUGAAAUAAAUCUUUAAUUUGUACAAGAGGUAAAAUAUAUUUUUAUUCUAUUAAGAGAUGUUUAUGGUAGCGCAGAGUCUGUGUUUUUGUGUACUUUUUUUUCUAAAUUGCUGUUGUACAUUUUCUUUUCUUUCUAGCAGCUACUUGGAAAGCGCUUUGUCUGUGGGUGCGAGUAGCUGCGUUCAGUCUGUAGCAGUUUCUUUUCACUUGAAGCAAAACAUUUGAACUAAAACCGUUAAUGUUCACUGUUACAAAAACACUGAAUGGCAGGAAAGUUGUGAAAGAUUCUGUUCCAGUAGUUGUUGAUGUGCGUCAAAAUUGGGAAAUAUGUGCCUUAUAUCCAGGUCCCUUGAAAGUGUCCCAGCAAGGUUAUUUCAAUUUGUUCCCUCUCACUUUUUUUGCCUACAAGUAAUUGCUGGUUAUACUAAUAUUUUUAAAGUAACACACACACAGUCCAGUUAGUGAUUGGAUGUCAAGAACAAUACCUGUAAUCCUGAGUGAAAGUAGUAAAUCUGGUUGGACCAGAUUAGCAUCUGAAACGGCGUGAUUUGCACUGCUUUUUCACUUCUUUUUUUUAUUACAAUCACAUCCUUCAUUGUACACAAUCUUCAAUUUUCCAGGUUUUUCCCUUCAAAUCCAUGUCACAAUUCAUUUUGUUCGUUUACAUAUCUGUUGAAUUUUUUUGAUUGGACAAAAUAUUAUGACUACUAAUUCUUGCAGAGUGCACCACUGAUUGUAUAUAUAUAUAUAAAAACAGCAUCAAGCAUCGUCUCUUCCUCUAUCGCUCUCUUUUUUCCUCUCUUUAUUGAAAUCCUCGUGGCAUGUUUUGUGUGUGUGGCUGAUGUGAGUGGGAGCUUUUUUUUUUAGGUGAAACUUCACUCAUUUUACAUGGUAGUGGUUUAUUCAAGGGGGUAGUGAAGUGCCUUUUGGUGGAUCUGGUAUGAAAAUAGGACAGUUAUCAUGCUUGUUCACAUGCAUGAAUACUAUUUGUAAUUUAUAAAUACGUUUUUUUUUUUGUUGUUUUGAUGUUUUUUGGUCUGAACAGGCUCCUCCACCCUGAUCAAACCAUCUACACUUGAGCUGUUCUCAAGAAAACAGAAGUGGUUCAGUCUCUGCCUCUUCCUUAAGUGAUUUGAACGGGGAGGAGAUGUGAGCGAGCCGCUGAAACUGUUGUUCUAAAAGGGGAAGGGCAUUUUCAGUAGUGCUAGCAGGACUGGCUUAUGCCCCUUUCCUGCAUCUACAUACAGACUCUGAAUGCAUGAAAAUGGCAUGAAAUGGUCAUGUGGUCCUUGGAUCUCCCCUACUGCAUUUGUACAAAGUGGACAGUAGACAAAAAAAGAAGAAAGAAACAACCUGAGACACUCAUCUGUUUAUGUGCCUUCAUCGUGUACAUGUGUAUGCCUGACUGAUGAUUUUGGCAUCGUUUUUCAUGGACAUCUUCAAAAUAAAUGAUAAAAGUUAUUAGAAGUCA